AUGGAUCGCUUCCUCUCGCCGGACUUCAAUUUCCCGGCGAUCACUCGCUGUAACUUAUCCAAUUUGGCUCCUCAUCUUCCAGUUUCAUCGACUCCGCCGCCUUCUUCAGCCAAUUCUCCGGCGAUGACCACUCGCGUUCCAAUCUCGACGGGGAUGGAAUCUGUGGAAGCCGUGGAGAGGAUCGUGAAAUACAGCUUCUUGAACAAGAGCCUCCUGAAGGAAGCUCUUACGCACACUUCUUGCGUCGACUUUCCUUCGUACGAGCGGCUUGAGUUCGUAGGCGAUAGCGCUAUAGGUCUCGCCCUCACGAACUACUUGUACCUCGCGUACCCACAGCUCGAACCGCACGAGCUGUCUCUGCUGAGAGCUGCGAACGUCAGUACUGAGAAACUCGCUCGUGUCGCACUCAGCCACGGACUCUACCGGUUUCUUCGACGCAAUGCUCCUCCGUUAGAUGAAAAGGUUAAGACAAAACACAUGUUCUUGUUUGAUUCUGUUUUGCAUUCAAGAAGCCUUUUGGUUGGUUGGAACAGAGUAUAUCUUUGA